AAAAUGUCGAGAGCUUUUUGUUUGGACUAAAACCGGCUCAAUGCCAAUUGCCCAACCGUGUGUGACUGUGUUGUGAUGCUUGUGGUGUUGUGUGUUUGUGUGUGGAACGUGAGUCGUAGUUUAGUUGUGAACGAGCCACAGAAGCAACAGCAGCCAACCCAAGUAAUGAAAGCUUGGAAUUACCCAACUUUAAGCAUGACCACCGACAACUGGAGACGACUUCUAAUAGUUUCCGCCUCGCUGUUGACACUGCUCGCCAUCAGUUGCCCGGCGAGCGGCAAUCCGGCAGCGUUGAGCUCGUCCAGUGAGCGAUUUGCACUGCGUCUGGCCACAAGUCUGGGAUUAUCGCAGCCCCACAGCAAUGUUGCCAUCUCGCCACUGCUGCUGCAAUCGGCUUUAACACUGCUCUACACCGGAGUCGCGGACGAUGCCACAGCUGUGGCACGGCAACUGCGUGUGGCACUGGAUUUGCAGCACUUGGGGACAGGGGAGCAAGCGUUGCAACAGUUUCAACAGCUGAUUGCGCAACUGAAAGAAUCUUCGGCGAUUGGUUGCAAAUUGCGACUGCUCAGUGAAUUCUAUACGGAUGAACGCUACACUUUCAACUAUCGCGAUGCAUUUAUGAUGCGUGCCGCAACCUUGGGCAUUGGCAUGCAUCGCCUGGACUUUGACAAUGUGCCGAAUGUGGCCAACGCCAUCAACUAUGAGUUCCUCGCGCGCAGCAACUACAGCGUGGGCGAGCUGGUUACCAGCUCCAUGUUGCAUGCCACAACAGGCAGCGACACGCCUUUUCUGCAUGUCUCUGCGCUCACAUUUGACGCCCCUUGGGCCCAGGGCUUUGAUCCGCAGCAGACGCAGCGCAUCAACUUCUUCAGCCAUGGCCACAGCCCGAAGUUAGUGGAUGCCAUGUUCGUGCAACACAGCUUCCGGUAUGCGGAGUUGCCAGCGCUCGAUGCCUGCAUCAUUGAAUUGCCUUAUGCCAGCGCUGAGCUGAGUCUGUUCAUCAUCUACCCCAAUCAGUUGGAGGGUUUGGCGAAGUUGGAGCGUCAACUGUCGACCUACGAUUUGCAGCAGCUGCGACACGCGUUGAGCGAACGCAAGUUGGCUUUGACGCUGCCCAAGUUCAGCUUGUUGGCGCACACGGAACUGCACCAGAUACUGCAACAUCUGGGUCUGGACAAACUCUUUAGCUCGGAGGCGCAGCUGCACAAAGUCUUCAGCUCGAUAUUGGCCAGCUCUGCGCCACAUUUGACGGCUGUACCGCACACGGCGUUGUUUGAGGUGAAGGAGGCAGGUGGCCAGAAGGAUAGAACAUUCGCGGCAGCCUUUACCGAUCUAUUCCGCAGCACUCUCUCGCUGGUGAUCAAUCAUCCGUUCUUCUACGCCCUCGGCAAUGGCAAGUCUGUGCUGCUCGCUGGCCAUGUGGUCGACAUCUAGCCAUAGACAUAGUUCCACCUCCACCUCCACCUUCACAUCCACUGCCGGGCCAAGUACGCUACAGCUAGAGGUUAUCGCCUUAUCAGCGACUCAAUAAACAACAUGCCAAAGUUUCCUUGACGAUCGUCGUCUGCUGUCAGGCGAGCACUACAUCCAGCUUGGAUGCAUCUGUGGAUCGCAAUCUCUUAGCAGCACAACUCUACAAUGCCG